AUGAAGAUCCAGAGAUGUCGAUCUUGUUGUGAUGGAGGCGGCGGCGGCGGCGAGCAAGAGAUGGGCUAUGGUGCUGCACCGAUUGCGACUCGCGGAGGCGUGAUGGCAGAUGUUGAUGGCGGCGCCGGCGAAAAGGGAGAUGGCUGGGUCCGAUCCGGUCAUGGAGAGCUGGCAAAACAGAUCCGGGUCUUGGACUUGCAACGCGGUAUGCUUGCGGCGGCGGUGCCCAGCUGGAUGGUUCGGACGGUUCGCUGCACCGGCGAGGAGCAGCUGGAGAUUGGCAAGCUUAAUCAGCUGUGGAUGGCGGUUGGAGCUAGUGAACAACAGACGAGGGAGAAUGAAAGAUGUUGGGUAAAAAUAAAGGGUGCAAAUUCAGCUCUGGUAAUGGCAAACCUAACAAUGGAUAAUACUACAUUCCAGUGUGUAGGGACUGUUAUCGCUAGGCGUGGUUGCUGGUCAUUUCUCAAAGGUGGAUUUGUUCUUGAUUCACCCUCAUCUCACUCUUUCCUCUACUUUCUGAACACAGAUGGGAGAGUGAUCAAUAUAAGAAUUGCUAGUGCUUCUUUGCAGCCAUUUACAGAUGAGCAAUGGAGAACAAACCAACAACACCAAAUCAACACUGAAAGAAAGCGCGCAGUCACAAUUCAUGUCUCAGAUGGACAUGGAGAUAGGUUGCUAGGAGCAAGUAUUAUAGUAGAGCAAGUUUCAAGUGAUUUCCCAUUCGGUUCUGCUAUAGCAAAGACCAUUCUUGGAAAUUUGCCCUAUCAGAAUUGGUUUGUUGAGAGAUUCAACACUGCUGUUUUUGAAGAUGAACUCAAGUGGUACUCUACAGAACCCCAACCAGGGAAGGUCAACUACACAAUACCAAAUCAAAUGCUAGAAUUUGUUAGAGCUAACCAAAUUAUGGUCAGAGGCCAUAACAUCUUCUGGGAAAAUCCUAAGUUUAAUCCUUCAUGGGUUCGCAACCUAACAGGUCCUGAGCUAAAGUCAGCUGUCAACUCCCGAAUACAAAGUCUAAUGAGUAACUACAAAAAUGAAUUCAUACACUGGGAUGUCAACAAUGAAAUGCUUCAUUUUGAUUUCUAUGAGCAGAGGCUUGGUCCUAAUGCCAGUUUCCACUUUUUUGAGAUGGCGCACCAGUCAGAUCCUCUGGCAACCUUGUUUAUGAAUGAAUUCAAUGUGGUGGAGACUUGCAACGAUGUUAAUUCCACCGUUGACACCUACAUUUCGAGGCUAAGAGAACUCAAACGCAGUGGUGUGUCGAUGGAUGGAAUCGGCCUAGAAGCCCACUUUACAGUACCAAACCCUCCUCUAAUCAGAGCUGUCCUAGACAAGUUAGCCACACUAGAGCUUCCUAUUUGGUUUACAGAGGUUGAUAUCAGCGAUACACUUGAUAAGGAAACACAGGCUUCAUAUCUUGAAGUAGUGUUGAGAGAAGGCUUCUCACACCCUUCUGUCAAUGGAAUAAUGCUCUGGACUGCACUGCACCCAUAUGGGUGCUACCGAAUGUGCCUCACAGAUAAUAAUUUUCAUAACCUCCCAGCCGGAGAUGUCGUGGACAAGCUCCUGAAAGAAUGGCAAACUGGAGUGGUGGAGGGUCAGACGGAUGACCAUGGUUCAUAUAGUUUUUAUGGAUUUUUAGGAGAGUACAAGGCGACUGUGAAGUAUGGCAACAGAACUGCAAAUUCAACAUUCUCUGUCUGUCAAAGUGACGAAACUAGACAUUUUAGCAUUCAAGUAUUGUAA